UUAAUCACCACCAAAGGGCCAUGGAGAAGCCAGAGCAGGCCCGUUUUGAGACUUUCCCCAGCUGUCAAGUUCCAUCAUUGUCAGCUCCAGAUGUUCCCGUGAGCUUCUCCCAGGCAGAUGAGCCACAAGAUCAUUGGGGUGAACACUCACCUGACAUUCAAGACCGCCAGCUGGAAACUUGGGAAGAACACCCAUCUAUCACUCAAGAGAACAAAUUCUCUGCCUUAAGACUCUCUCAAGACCAAAGACCAUCAACCACACAACAAGGAAGAAUGCAAACUGUUCCAGUGAGCUUGUCCAAUGAAAAUGAGCAAGAAGAUGCUUGGGGUGAACACCCAUCUAACUUUCAAGAGAACACAAUCUCUGAACAAAGAUCCUCAAGUACUCACCAGCCAAGAACAAAUAGUGCUUCUGGUGUGAGACGAUGGAGCUGCAUCACUAAUCAAUGUACACCUGUUGAGAGGACAAUUCUGGAGGCACUUAAUGAACUGGACAUGAAGAUCAAUCAUCUGACUUCAGUGGUCCAGUCCCUUGCAGCAAACAACCGUUCCAGUGCUCCAGUGGUGGACAGCGAGGAUGAUGUCUUCCCUCUCACAACCAUGGAGGAACUAGACAAACUGGAAAGAAAAUUAUCAGAGAAAGCAAUGAUGCAAAAGAUGGUGAACAGGUUAUCCAUCAGUGGAGGACACACACUGAAGAAAACAAUAUGGAGAAUAUGCUCCAAGGUGUUUGGUCCUGUAGCCAAACAGCUAAACUGGUGUGGUAGGGGAGAAAAGCGAGGGAUCAGGAAAACAAACAUAGGAGCACUCCUAAUAGGAGCAGCUAUGAAGAAUCCCGUGCUUCCGUCGCCAACUGAAGCAGAGGCUGAAAAACACAUUAAGGAUUAUCUCCGCUUGGCCCCAGGGAGAAUGCCUUGUUAGUCAACUUGAUUUUUUGUUGUUUGUUUGGUUG